AAAUAUAGGGAUUCACGAUUCGAUAGGUACCGCUGUAGAAUAUUCAUAAGUGACCGUUGUGCGCCUCCGUUGCGCCUUCGGCAUCGGCGCAGGCGUAGCCAUCCUCGUCGCUUCGUCGCGCCGUCCGCGUCGUAUUGUCCUGCCGGACAAACCGACGGAAACGAGACGAAAGUUCGACGAGGGAUCAUUAGCUUAGCGCCAACAACCUUCAAUUUUCGUCAGCGAGCACAGAAAUGCUUCUCUUUCGCGCGUUGAUUUUCGCAUUUUUGCUGCCACCUGCGCUUUGUCAAACACCGAUGAGUCUGUUGGUCGUGACGGAGGAAGCCGACUCGUCUAUCUUGGGAUUAUUAAACGACGCGGUUCCAGAAGCGGAACGAAAUUUCGCCAACGACAUGAUCACCGUUGAACUUUCGGUCGUUACGGUGAACCGUGAGAAUGUGGACGCGAGUUUCGAUAAAGUAUGCGCUGUUCUCUAUAAAGGCAUAAGCAUUAUUUUGGACAUGACGUGGACCGGUUGGGACAAACUGCGAAAUAUCGCGGAUGAGACUGGGAUAAUAUACAAACGCGGCGAUUGCAGUGUAAAUCCAUACGUUCAGGCGAUUGAUGAUCUUUUGGUUAUGAAAAAUGCGACGGACGUCGGCUUGAUUUUCGAAGAUGAAAAAGAGCUAAACCAGAGUCUUUAUUACCUUAUCGGAAAUUCCAUAAUUAGAUUAGUAGUAAUCGACGAAUUGACGGAGAGGACUGUGUCGAAAAUACGGAAUAUGCGACCGUCGCCGUCGUAUUAUGCUAUGUAUGCUACUACAGCGAAAAUGGAAGAAUUCUUUAAAACGGCUAUCGGAGGUGGUUUAGUUAAACUCGAGGGUAUUUGGAACUUGAUAUUCACGGACAAUAACUAUCAGGAUUUUAAAUACAUGAACGGCGAACUUCGGUUGAAUGUCUCGUUCAUCGUUUUUACUAUGAAAAGUGAUAUUUGUUGCCGUUUAAUGGCCGGCGAAGUAUCCUGCAAUUGUCCCAGAAAUUUUAAGAUAUUCCCUUACUAUUUCAAACGUCUGAUCGGCUUGAUCGUGAGUUUGAUGAGCGACGUGCAAAGGACGGGUGUAAACGUGCAGCCGAGGACGGGUCAGUGCGAUAAAUCUGCCACUUCUAUUCCAUCAACGUCGAAUGUUUUAGGGGAGACAUUUAACAAGAUUUUAAUGACAAGAAUGGAUGGUAACGAUACUUUCGAAUAUUGGUCGGAAAAGUCAAUGAUCACUUAUAAGGCAGAGAUUGUCUUGCAAACGGUUAGUCAUGGAUCCGUGGAUGCACUCGGGACUUGGACAAGACGUGCAAAAAUUAAAGAAGCAGAUGGCAAGAGAAUAGAACCAGCCAGGCGAUUCUUCCGGAUUGGUACGGCACCGGCAGUUCCUUGGUCAGUUAGUAAGAAGGACCCAACAACGGACCAAGAAAUGCGCAACGGAGAUGCGAAGGAAAUCUGGGAAGGUUACUGUAUCGAUUUCGUGGAAAAACUCUCCGAAAAGAUGCAUUUUGAUUACGAUCUCGUUAUACCCGAAGACAAAGAAUUUGGCAGGAGACUACCGAAUGGUGAAUGGACUGGUCUGAUAGGCGAUUUGGUUAAAGGAGAAACUGAUAUCGUUGUGGCAGCAUUAACGAUGACAUCGGAGCGAGAAGAGGUCAUCGAUUUUGUUGCACCGUAUUUCGAGCAGAGCGGCAUACUUAUCGUAAUGCGGAAGCCGGUUCGCAAAACGUCCCUAUUCAAGUUUAUGACGGUGCUGAGACUCGAAGUUUGGCUCAGCAUCGUGGGUGCUCUGACUCUGACCGGCAUUAUGAUUUGGAUACUGGACAAAUAUUCGCCGUACAGCGCGCGAAAUAACAAACAACUCUAUCCGUAUCCUUGCAGGGAGUUCACGUUGAAGGAAAGCUUCUGGUUUGCAUUAACGUCUUUCACGCCGCAAGGUGGUGGCGAGGCGCCGAAGGCAUUGUCAAGCAGGACUCUGGUAGCGGCUUACUGGCUGUUCGUUGUACUGAUGCUCGCAACUUUCACCGCAAAUUUAGCCGCUUUUCUUACCGUGGAAAGAAUGCAGUCGCCCGUGCAAUCGCUGGAGCAGCUUGCGAGACAAUCACGCAUAAAUUAUACCGUCUUGGCGAAUUCUAGCGCUCAUCAGUAUUUCAUAAACAUGAAAAAUGCCGAGGAUAAACUUUACACAGUAUGGAAAGAAAUUACGCUAAAUAGUACCAGCGAUCAAGUGGAAUAUCGUGUUUGGGAUUAUCCGAUAAAGGAACAGUAUGGCCAUAUUCUGCAAGCUCUCACUCAAGUCGGUCCAGUGAAGACCACCGAAGAAGGUUUCCAGAAGGUAAUAGAAAGCGAAAAGGCCGAGUUUGCGUUUAUUCAUGACUCGUCAGAGAUCAAGUACGAAGUUACGAAGAAUUGCAACUUGACAGAAGUAGGCGAGGUGUUCGCCGAGCAGCCGUACGCCAUCGCCGUGCAACAAGGCAGUCAUUUGCAAGAAGAAAUAAGCAGAACGAUUCUCGAUUUACAGAAAGAUAGAUAUUUCGAGACACUGGCGGCCAAGUACUGGAAUCAAUCGCUGAAAGCCCAAUGUCCGAACUCCGACGACAACGAGGGAAUCACGUUGGAGAGUUUGGGAGGUGUAUUUAUCGCGACUUUGUUUGGGCUCGCUUUGGCAAUGAUUACUUUAGCUGGCGAGGUUCUUUAUUAUCGUAAACGCAACAUCUCUCAGAAGGAAAAACCGAAUGACAAGAAGAUGCAGAUCAAAGACAUUGAGAAUGAGAAGGUCAUGUUGCAAAAAAUCGCCUCAAAGCUUCAACUGAAAGCUGCGCCUACCGACGGGAUUUUUAGCCAGCAACUUCGUCACACACCGCGAGUUUCUCACAUUUCUGUUUAUCCACGACAUUUCCCGUUCAAAGAUUAAGUUUUCUGAUCUAUUGUAUCACAUGUUUCAUAGAGAGCUUUUUCUUUCGUUGAGGGAUUAAAAUAAAAUUAAAACACUGAAAUAAAUAAAACACAUUAUAAACGCUAUAAUAAAAUGGACGGCCAUAAAGACGGAAUAAACGAUUAAUUUGUUUAAUUAUAUAUUUAACUCUUUCUCUUUCUCGUGUUUCAUUUUAACUUUCGAAAUUUUAUAUGAUAAAAUUUCGAAAGUUUUUGAUUUAUUUAAUCUGAAAAACUUUGUAUCUAUGAGAAUAUUGCACUUAUACUGAUAAAUACAUAGCAUGCUCUACGAUAUUACGGUAAUUAAUUGCAGAAUAUUUUCGUACAAAAAUCAUAUUUUUAAUUAAAUAUUUAAAUGUUUUUAAUUAAACAUAGCAUAAGGUUUUAUUAAAUACAAAUAUGCGAUAUUAUUACGAAAACGUUACUCGAAAUAUAUAUAUGUACGUUUCAACAAACGAUUACGUUCUCUCGUGAAGCGAAAAUACAAUGACACGCGCGGUCAUUGAUCCUCGAAUACUUUCACAUCGUAUAUUUUUGCUUCCUGGCCGUAAAUAGGGUAGAAAACGAUGGUACGUAGUUCCGACUCCCAGAUGAUUCUAUAAUUUGUCUUUGAGGUUUUUUACUAUCAUAUUUUGCAAACGUCAAUUUUUGCAACGUUUCCGAGAUGCCACAUUUAUGCGAAUGUGUAACGGAUAAUAAAUUCGUGAUGUUUGCAUCGAUUUUUUUCACGCAUAUGGCUUAAUAAUAGUCACGGAUGAACUGAUAGGCAGGAUAUAAUCUACACAUCGAUUUUCAUACGUCACGUUACGUAAAUGCUAUCAGAAUCUAGAGUGAUACAAGUGCUUUUACGUGUAAUGCAAAA